GAGGACACAGACCUGGUUCUCACUGCCCUGUGGUCAGUCUGCCCUGCCCCUGCUACUGUUUACUGCAGUAACAUCAUCACUGGACACCUACCCAGUGCCCCACCCUGUCCAGGGUGCUGGGAAAGCAGCAUGGAACAAGACCCUUCUUUGGGGCACCCUAAGAGGUGGUGGAGGGAAUCGCAAAGGCAAAAGCAAGAAAUGGCGGCAGAUGCUCCAAUUUCCCCACAUCAGCCAGUGUGAAGAGCUGCGGCUCAGCCUUGAACGUGACUACCACAGCCUGUGCGAGCGGCAGCCCAUCGGGCGCCUGCUGUUCCGCGAGUUCUGCGCCACGAGGCCCGAGCUGACCCGCUGCACUGCCUUCCUGGACGGGGUGGCUGAGUACGAAGUGACCCCUGAUGAGAAGCGGAAGGCUUGUGGGCGGCGGCUAAUGCAGAAUUUUCUGAGCCACACGGGUCCUGACCUCAUCCCCGAGGUGCCCCGGCAACUGGUGACUAACUGUGCACAGCAACUGGAGCAGGGGCCCUGCAAAGACCUCUUCCAGGAACUCACCCGGCUGACCCACGAGUACCUGAGCGUAGCCCCCUUUGCCGACUACCUCGACAGCAUCUACUUCAACCGUUUCCUGCAGUGGAAGUGGCUAGAAAGGCAGCCAGUGACCAAAAACACCUUCAGGCAGUACCGAGUGCUGGGCAAAGGUGGCUUUGGGGAGGUGUGUGCCUGCCAGGUGCGGGCCACAGGCAAGAUGUAUGCCUGCAAGAAGCUGGAGAAGAAACGCAUCAAGAAGCGGAAAGGGGAAGCUAUGGCGCUCAACGAGAAGCAGAUCCUGGAGAAAGUGAACAGUAGGUUUGUAGUGAGUCUGGCCUAUGCCUAUGAGACCAAGGAUGCCCUGUGCCUGGUGCUGACGCUGAUGAACGGCGGCGACCUCAAGUUCCACAUCUACCACAUGGGCCAGGCUGGCUUCCCCGAGGCGCGUGCCGUCUUCUACGCCGCCGAGAUCUGCUGCGGCCUGGAGGACCUGCACCGGGAGCGCAUCGUGUACAGGGACCUGAAGCCAGAGAACAUUCUGCUGGAUGACCACGGCCACAUCCGCAUCUCUGACCUGGGCCUGGCUGUGCAUGUGCCUGAGGGUCAGACCAUCAAAGGCCGUGUAGGCACCGUGGGCUACAUGGCUCCGGAGGUGGUGAAGAACGAACGGUACACGUUCAGCCCCGACUGGUGGGCGCUUGGCUGCCUCCUCUACGAGAUGAUUGCUGGCCAGUCACCCUUCCAGCAGAGGAAGAAGAAGAUCAAGCGGGAGGAGGUGGAGCGGCUGGUGAGGGAAGUGCCCGAGGAGUACUCAGAGCGCUUCUCCCCACAGGCCCGCUCGCUCUGCUCCCAGCUCCUCUGCAAAGACCCUGCUGAGCGCCUGGGCUGCCGCGGGGGUGCUGCCCGCGAGGUGAAGGAGCACCCCCUCUUCAAGAAGCUGAACUUCAAGCGGCUGGGAGCUGGCAUGCUGGAGCCGCCCUUUAAGCCUGACCCCCAGGCUAUUUAUUGCAAGGAUGUUCUGGACAUCGAACAGUUCUCCACGGUGAAGGGCGUGGAGCUGGAGCCCACAGACCAGGACUUCUACCAGAAGUUUGCCACAGGGAGUGUGCCCAUUCCCUGGCAGAACGAGAUGGUGGAGACAGAGUGCUUCCAGGAGCUCAAUGUCUUUGGGCUGGAUGGCUCGGUUCCCCCAGACCUGGACUGGAAGGGCCAGCCGCCGGCGCCCCCCAAAAAGGGCCUGCUGCAAAGACUCUUCAGUCGCCAGAGGAUUGCUGUGGGAACUGCAGCGACAGUGAAGAAGAGCCCCCCACCUGCCUCGAGCCCCCCACCCGCCUCUAGCCCCCAGCCUGAGGUCCCCACCGGCGGUUGGCGGUAGCAGCUACUCCGAGUGCUGUUUACAGUUUUGCACAGUGGUCUUCCCCAUUGUCCACUCAAGUCAUGGCCUGGGGAACACAGCCGGAGCUGUCCCCAGCAUCCUCCGCCCUCGGCCCCAGCCUGGCUGAGUCUGGCGAGGCCUGGGCCGUUCCUGGGACAAAGGUGCGUCCCCGGGGCUCUCCCGCAGAGCUCGGGGCUGUCUGUAUUUAUGUCUCUGUAUGAAUGUAUAUAGGAAGAGCGUUCUUAAUUCCCUCCCUGGACCAUGGCCUGGUCUCGGCUCCCCGGAGCAGACUGCCCUGGCUGGGAGAGCCGGGAGCUGGCAGAGGAGCCGCUGCCAAACUCGGGGCUCCUCAGGUCCAGCUGAGAUGGGCCAAGGCUGAGCCAGGCCUGACCCCAAGCCCCCAGCACCGUGCUGGGCACCACCAACCUCCAAGUGAGACUCGUGCCUACCCCUGCUGGCCCGGGCUCAGGCUGCCACCUUCUGGGACCCAACACUGUCCAUUCUCCAUGCUUGUCACAGCUGGGUCUGGGGCUCCUGUUGUCCCUUUCGGCCUGGGCCAAAGUGUGGCCAGUGACUGGGUGACUGUGGGACCCAUCAGUCCACUGCCCAAGCUGUCGCAUCGCAGACAGUCUACCACUGCCUUCCAGCUCCCUGGGCGCUGCCCUGUCCUGCAGACACCUCUGGCAGAAGCGCCCCAGCCUAGACUGCAGGAGGAGGAGGGGUGGCCUGGCUGACCCUGACAUUCCAAACUCCCCUCGUAACUGUAGACACACGUGCCCAGCAAUAAUCCACCUCUGUGUGUGUGUGUGUGUAUGUAUGUCGAUGUGUGUGUGCUGGGCUAGGGUGAGGCUGUGCCUGCACCCAGGCCCCAGCCCUGGCCCUUCCCAGACUGUGAUGGCCUACCUGUCCCAGUGUUAGGGUAGCAUGGGAUGACAGGGCCUUGGUUUUUCCAUAUUUAAAGCCAAUUUUUAUUACUCCUUUUGUCCAAUGUUAAGCUGCCACGUGUCUUUGUGUGAAUACAGUCCGAGCACAAACCUGGCCAGCUGCCCCUGCCUGCCUCAUUGCUUCUGUGCUCCAGGGGUCUUCCUGCUUCCCUGGCCCAUCUGGAAGUGGGAGGGGGUUGGAAGCGGGGGUGCCCAGGAGCCAUUAGGCUGACUUUAGAGGAGCUGCUCCAGGCAGCCAAGCCUUUGUCCCUGGGCUACCCUGAGGAUUUCCCAGGUUCCCAAAUGGGACAGGACCAGAAGAAAGAAGCCUUGGGUACCCACUGGGAUGUAGGUCUAUCUCUUGAGUGCCAGAAAGGAAGACCCAGCUGAUGUCUUCUCCUCCAAGGCCAAGGUGGGUUUGGCUGUCCAGUGUGAACUUGGAGUGGCCCUGGGGAGCUGCUGCUCCAGGUCUGUCUUUACCUGGAUGCCUGGCCCUGGGCAGGUGCACAUGUAGUAAACCCACCCCUUGAAACACUGAAGUGUGAAUGAGCAAAGACCUCCAAGGUAGGGAUGCUGCUGGGCACAAGGCUGCGCUGGGAGCAUCGUGGAAGGUUCUUUGAGGGUAGUGACUGAACCCGGCCUUGAAGGAGACAGUUGUCUGGUGGACAAAGAUGGAUUAGGGAGAACCCUAAUUGGGGGAACCACCUGUGCAAACACCCGGGGGUGAGAGUUUUUCAGCCCAAGUCUGUCCCAGACUGCAAACCCAUCUGUUCCAGCGACUCCCUGUGUUCCCCUGCUCCCCUCCCCCCGCCCAGAAUGCUCAGCAACCACCAUUUUAUUCUUGACCUCUGGGCUGGGCACAUGAGCUUCAGCAUCGACAGUUCUGGGUCCAAACCCCAGCUCGGCAACUUCUCCAGCUGGCUUUGCACAGGCCUUCCCUUGGAAAGAUGCAUAAGGCCCCUCAUCUCAGGGGCAGCUGUGAGAAUCCAGGACUCAGCUGUCUGAGGGGUGGGUACCAGGUGCCACUCUGACAGCCAUCUGGAGGGUGAGGAGAAGGGGUCGCCUGAUGGGGUACCUG